GUCUGUCUUCGGUCGAAUCUGUUUGUGCAGUCAAACCAGUGUUGUGGCUGUGAAAGUUUGUGUGGUUGUGCUUAUCAUUUCAAAACAUGAAGGUGGUUUGGAUUGUUUUAGGCUUAUUUUUGAUGCUUUGUGAGAUGACAUUUGGUCUUUAUUUUCACAUUGGUGAAACUGAGCGCAAGUGUUUUAUUGAAGAAAUACCGGACGAAACCACAGUUAUAGUUAACUACAAGGUUGAAUUAUAUGAUCCCAAAAGUGGAGGAUUUAUGCCAUCGAGUCCAGGAAUUGGGAUGCAUGUUGAAGCAAGAGAUCCUGAUGAUAAAGUCUUAUUAUCUAGAGUGUAUAGCUCCGAGGGUAGAAUUUCAUUCACAUCGCAGACCCCGGGCGAACAUGUGAUAUGUCUGUAUUCCAACAGCACUAGCUGGUUCAGUGGAUCACAACUAAGGGUGCACCUAGACAUACAGGUUGGAGAACAUGCUGUGGACUACGCCAAUGUUGCACAAAAGGAAAAGCUUUCUGAGAUUCAGCUCAGAGUUCGUCAACUUCUUGAUCAAGUUGAGCAGAUAGCAAAAGAACAGAAUUAUCAAAGGUUUCGUGAAGAGAGAUUCCGCCAAACAAGUGAGAGCACCAGUCAGCGAGUGCUUUGGUGGUCGAUCACACAGACAGUCAUUUUGCUCGCAAUGGGAGCUUGGCAAAUGCGCCAUUUGAAGAGUUUCUUUGAAGCCAAGAAACUUGUAUAAAUCUCUGUGCUGGUUGCAAGUGACACAUUAGUUGUGCAUGGCCAGAAGUGUAAAUAACAUUUGAACAUUUUGCAGAGUGAACACAAUGUUAUUUUCAUAUGGUGUAAAAUUUACAUGAGUAUUUAUUUGCUGUUGAUAUAAAUUUGGAUUAAAAAAUAAAAAUCUUAAAUGUG